GUCAGCUCUCCUUUGCCCCCGGCGCUUCCCUGAUGCAUGGUACUGCCGAGCCAAGGAGCUUCCUUCGGGGCAUCACCUCGAAGAUGGACAGGGAAGUCUUCGAGACCUAUGAUGAUGAUGCCCUCGAGAACAGGAUCCUCCGGUCCUCUCUCACUGCCUGCAUAGCCCUCGGGGAACAGGCCCGGAGGCGCGAAGAAAGGCGCCUUCACGAGGCCGCCCAAGAUAAGAAGGUGGAGGGGCUGAUCCGCAAGAACUCCGAGGCGGUGAAGCAUGCUGCACAGUUGGAGGAGGCCCUUCAGGAGGCGAAGGCGGCGGCGGAGAAGGCCAAAGCUGACGGCAUAGCCGAGGGCAAGGCGGAGGCCGAGAGGGCUUCUGCCGAGGCGGCGAAAAAAGCUGCCGAAGAAGCCCAAACUGCUAAGGAGAGAGCUGCGGCCGAGGCCCGAGGUGAGGCAGUUGCGGAGUUCCUCGCUGAGGGCUGGAGGGCCGAGGGCCACAAGGAGUGGGUUGCCUCCGUGGUGGCAGCCUCGGUGGACGCUUGGGUAGAAGGCGCGGGGGUUGACUGGUUGAGUGACAGGGGGGACGCCUACUACCAGGGGGGUGAGUUCUUUACCCAGCACCUGAUCUACCGGAGGCUUGCCAGGCACUUCGGCGUGUCCCUCGAACAAUUUGACCCCUCGGUAUAUGGCCUCCCUCCGUUGCAACCAGAUGUCAGAGUUCCCCUCCCCCCGGGUGAAGAGCGGCCAACAAUCUAUGAUUCUGUGAUGAUGGGGGGUGACGGGGGUGGAGUCGUCGGGGGUGAUGCUGCCGGAGAAGAAGUCUCCUCCAAGGCUGUCGUGGAAGAUGCCCCCGGAGACAACGAGGCUGAAGCCGCCGAGAAGAUUAGUACUUAGUCAAUUUUUGAAAAAGCCUUGUAAUGAACAUUUGUCACCCCUCGGCUUUGGCCAUACUUUGUAAUGAUUACAUUGACUAUUUUCUGUUGUAAUUGAAUGAUUGCCUUCGGGCUUUGUGUAUAUGAUAUGCUUCCUUUUGAUUUGUUCAUUGUCGAAUGUAUGCCUUCGUCUUGCUUGGGAUGUAUGCCUUCUUUUUUUUGAAUGUAUGUUUUAGGACUUAGAAUAUUUUCUGACUGUAGCUUGCC